CUGGCGCGAGGACCCGGGGCGCCAGCAGGAACCGCCCGCUUCGGGGACCCGGCGCCAGCGUCGUCCCUCGCGGGGUAACACCGCCCACUUCCGCCCUCAGCGGGCGCGCGCCGCACAAUCGCCGUCGCAGCGCGCAGGCCUUUUGUCCUUCCGUCGUCCCCGUAGUGGCCGUAACCCGAGUGACACGUUUCCUUGGGGGCGUGGAGGGGCGGGGCGGGAUGGACCGUCAGUGCUUAAAGGGCCCGCCACUCGGGCGCGGGAGGCGGUGCCUCUGGAGCCAGCGCGGGGCGCGGCAACCCGAGCAGGUGCCAUGGCAGAGAAGGUGCUGGUAACAGGUGGGGCUGGCUACAUCGGCAGCCACACGGUGCUGGAGCUGCUGGAGGCUGGCUACUCGCCUGUGGUCAUCGACAACUUCCAUAACGCCUUUCGUGGAGGGGGCUCCAUGCCUGAGAGCCUGCGGCGGGUCCAGGAGCUGACAGGCCGCGCUGUGGAGUUUGAGGAGAUGGACAUUUUGGACCAGGCAGCCCUACAGCGUCUCUUCAAAAAGCACAGCUUUGUGGCGGUCAUCCACUUUGCGGGGCUCAAGGCUGUGGGCGAGUCGGUGCAGAAGCCUCUGGAUUAUUACAGAGUUAACCUGACUGGGACCAUCCAGCUUCUGGAGAUCAUGAGGGCCCAUGGGGUGAAGAACCUCGUGUUCAGCAGCUCAGCCACUGUGUAUGGAAACCCCAAGUACCUGCCCCUGGACGAGGCCCACCCCACGGGUGGCUGUACCAACCCUUAUGGCAAGUCCAAGUUCUUCAUCGAGGAAAUGAUCCGGGACCUGUGCCAGGCAGACAAGACCUGGAACGCAGUGCUGCUGCGCUAUUUCAACCCCACAGGUGCCCAUGCCUCUGGCUGCAUCGGUGAGGAUCCCCAGGGCAUCCCCAACAACCUCAUGCCUUAUGUCUCCCAGGUGGCGAUCGGGCGACGGGAGGCCCUGAAUGUCUUUGGCAAUGACUAUGACACAGAGGAUGGCACGGGUGUCCGGGAUUACAUCCAUGUCGUGGAUCUGGCCAAGGGCCACAUUGCAGCCUUGAGGAAGCUGAAGGAGCAGUGUGGCUGCCGGAUCUACAACCUGGGCACGGGCACAGGCUAUUCAGUGCUGCAGAUGGUCCAAGCUAUGGAGAAGGCGUCUGGGAAGAAGAUCCCAUACAAGGUGGUGGCACGGCGGGAAGGUGAUGUGGCAGCCUGUUAUGCCAACCCCAGCCUGGCCCACGAGGAGCUGGGGUGGACAGCAGCCUUAGGGCUGGACAGGAUGUGUGAAGACCUCUGGCGCUGGCAAAAGCAGAAUCCUUCAGGCUUUGGCGCACAGGCCUGAGGACCCUCUCCUACCCAGGACCAGGAAAAGAGAAGCAGCUGCCGGCUCUCCAGCCUUUGGCAGGAACCCAGGGCCCUGGAGCUGCUGGGGCCACGCCAAGGCCUCCCCUACCUCAAACCCCAGCUGGGCCCGCUCAGCCUACCAGGCAUGAGGCCAAGGGCUCCACCGACCAGGAGGCUGAGGUCUCCAACUCUUAUCUUCUGCAGGGUCCAGGAGUUCAUCAGGACCACCAAGAGCGAGUGACCGGGCAAGGCUCUGGAACAAAACCUCCUAGGCACUCAUUUAUACUGCUCUGAAAGAGCUUUCCAAAGUAUUUAAAAAUAAAAAGUUUUCUUACACUG